UUCUAAGCAUGGCCCCUGGUUUUCAGUUUCACUUCCUACAAACCACUCUUUUUCUCUCUCUCCGUUUCACUUUCUUUUCUUAUUCAUUCUUCCUCCUCUUUUAUAGCAAUACAUCAUUAUAAAACAUCUUAUGCUUCUCUCAUCUUCACUCUUCAAUGACAAUUCCCAUUUUCACUUCUCUUCCCCUUUUCCUUUUACCCUUCUAAAUAGUGCAAAUUCCUCUUUGAAUCUCUUUUCCUCUGUUCUGCCUUCUUCUGGGGUGAUUGUUUCUUGCAUUUUUCUUUUUUGACAGUUUUCUUACAUACCCAUUUGGCAUAAUUCCAUUGGGUCCUUGAAUAUCCCAAUAUCCCUGAGAUUAGAGCUAUUCCUCUGUGAAAGUUCUCUCCUUUUUUUUUGGAGGUGUGUGUUCUGCAUUCCAGUUGUGUAUUUGUUCUUUUGGGCUUGAUCUGAAUGGGGAUUGAGAUGAAGUUGUCUGAGAAGAAAAGGGGAGAGUUGUGUGAAUUGCCGAAAGAGACUAACACAAACAGCAAAUCAAGGAAGAACCGGCGACAUCGUCAGAGGAAGAUGUUACCGGGUCCGAGAUUGUUUCAGACUUGCAAGCAAGUGUUUGCCUCUGCUGGCCCUGGGAUUAUCCCUUCCCUUCAACACAUUGAAAUGCUUCAGUCUGUUUUAGAUGGAAUAAAAGCAGAAGACGUCGGCUUGAAACCUGAAAUGCCAUAUUUCAGUAGAAGCAAUGCUCGAAGAGCCCCAAAAGUUACAUACCUGCACAUUUAUGAGUGUGAAAAAUUCUCGAUGGGAAUAUUUUGCUUGCCACCAUCUGGAGUUAUUCCUCUUCAUAAUCACCCUGGAAUGACGGUUUUUAGUAAGCUGCUUUUUGGAACCAUGCACAUCAAAUCUUAUGAUUGGGUCGUUGACUUGCCUCCUUACAAGCCCACCACUUUCAAACCAUCAGAAACCCAGACUCCGGAGAUGCGGUUGGCUAAAGUGAAGGUUGAUGCUGAUUUUAGUGCUCCUUGCAACCCCUCCAUCCUUUAUCCUACUGAAGGGGGUAACAUGCAUUGCUUCACGGCAGUGACAGCAUGCGCAGUUCUAGAUGUGCUUGGUCCUCCAUACUCUGAUCCUGAUGGCAGGCAUUGCUCAUACUACCAAAAUUUCCCUUUUUCCAAAUUUUCAGUAGAUGGAAUAUCCUUACCAGAAGAGGAAAGGACAGCUUAUGAAUGGCUCCAAGAGAGAGAGAAACCUGAGGGUUUUCAAGUAGUUGGAAAAAUGUACAGCGGUCCAAUGAUGUUGGAGAUCUAAUCUUGUCUAUCAAUGUUGAUGCCACCCUUCUGUCCUCUAGUGAAGCUUGGUCAACUUUGUUCUAGUACAUUUUUUUUAGUAUUUUUGUUUUCGUCUUUAUGGAACAUGAGACACUUGGUGUUGUCUUCAGUCUAGAGUCUACAGUUAUUAUGUACAUAACAAAUACAGGGAAGGACAAAAGUGAUGCUGCACUGGAAAAUGGGAUAGGAAUGAAAGGUGCAAAGCAAUGAGCUAGAGUUUUCUGAAACUGGAGCCUCGUUUUGAAGCGGGGCGAGUCAUUUAAUUUAAUUUACUUUCUGAUUAUUUAGAGCGCAGAAACAAAUUGGUGUAUUUAGUGAAGGAUUAACUUUGGCGAUAAAUUUCUCUUUUAUAUAUACAUAAAGGUGUGUGGAAUUCAUAUGAAGUUA